GAACGUAUGAUUUCCGUGCCAUUCGGGGGUCCCUUUGUAUCUGCCAGUGUUGUCUUGGGCGACAACAAAGGAUGGAUAGCUAGUGUAAUUUCAGUUGUUUUGGACAUGUAGGGGGUUUCAUUUAACACACCAGUCUGGCUGGAGUUAUUUUUGUGUGUGUAGCGGUCGCAGUGCUCAGUUUAAAGCAGCCGACGUUAGUCAAAUCCAGAAGGUUUUCGAUGCUAAUCGCUGCGUUGUGAUGCUUAUUUUCAUCAUUACUGAGGAGGCACUAUGCGUUUCAACUCAACCUUAGAAUCAACGCAAUGCCAUUGUAAAUAGGUCAAUUUUCUGGUCAACUGCGGACUAUCACUAUCACAGAGAAUGAAAAUUGUGACGCAGUUGUGUAAAACAUCUUUCAUUCCCUGCUGCAGCAGUGCUGUCGGGCUUUGCGGCACCUUCACCAGCUGCUGCAAAACGUCUGCGCCAUGGUUAUGUGCCAGUAGGCAUAUGAUGUUAGAUUUUUUUUUAAGACAAUAUAAAUGCAUUCUAUCAGUAGGGGUAAAUGUUAGGGGGUAGAGGGGUCUGAAAGAAAUAGUUGUUUUGUUACGGCUUGGGAAUUGUAGUUUAGUUUCCAAACCGGAGCAGAGGUUUUUACGGCCUCUUUGAAGGAAAUGGACUACAACACCCAUACGCUCAACUCUCUAGAUACUUUGUAAACUCUGUGCAAGUUGCGCGUCUGCAUACAAUUGUAGGUAUGCAGCUAGUGCUAUCUGUUCGGCAGUGUGUGUGUGUGUGUGUGUGUGUGUGUGUGUGUGUGUGUUUUUUGGUCUGGUUUUGGCCUACAAGCAUCGGGAUUUGAUGACAGCUUUUGAACGGGAAUUCAUAAAUAACAUAUGGCGACAAGGUGGCAUGCAUGAUCAGAUAUGAUCGAGUUUGCAAUGCCUUUCGAGAAACGCAGAGUCCCUCCCUCAGUCGCGUGAGAUGUUUUUCUGUCGUUUCCUGAAAUGUAAAAUCUCAAAGUAGGGAUCACACGAAAAUUUACAGCUGAAUUCCCACUUGACUACACUGGCGAGCAUCCAUAAGAUCCACCACACCUUGCACAGGCUGAACCUGACAGAAGACGUUGGACAGGAUAGCCACCCCUCAGCUUGUUGCUCUAGAGCCAUGCCUCCUAGGAAAAAGAGGAGACCCUCUGCUGGAGAUGACAUGGCCGCCAAGAAAAGUCGCCAGGACAGGUGUGACAUCCCUCUGUUACAGAUAAAAAAGGCCACUUCAGUCUGUGUCAGUUAGCGCUUGAUUAUUGUGGCUUAUUAAAGAGGAAUGUGUCUGAAAAGUCUUAAUGUUGCAGCGUUUUUAGAAAACACGAAACGCCACAAAUCCGGGAGGAGGAGACAUUUUCCAGUAAAAGAUGCUUGGAGUGGUUCUAUGAAUACGCAGGUUGUGAUGACGUGGUGGGUCCAGAGGGCAUGGAGAAGUUCUGCGAGGACAUUGGGGUGGAGCCAGAGAAUGUUGUGAUGCUGGUUCUUGCUUGGAAGCUGGAUGCCCAGAGUAUGGGGUAUUUCACUCUCCAGGAGUGGCUUAGAGGCAUGGGCCUACUACAGUGCGACUCCACAGAGAGGCUGAGGAACUCGCUCGACUACCUGAGAUCGGUCCUAAACGACAGCACCAGUUUUAAGCUCAUUUAUAGAUAUGCCUUUGAUUUUGCACGGGAAAAGGAUCAGAGGAGUUUGGACUUGAACACAGCCAAGUGCAUGCUGGGACUUCUUCUGGGAAAGACGUGGCCUCUGUUCCCUGUGUUUAAUCAGUUUCUAGAACAAUCCAAGUACAAAGUCAUCAACAAAGACCAAUGGUGCAAUGUUUUAGAGUUCAGCAGGACAAUCAACCUGGACCUCAGUAACUACGAUGAGGAUGGUGCCUGGCCAGUUUUGUUGGACGAGUUUGUGGAAUGGUACAAGGAAAGACAGAUGUCAUAGGUGCAGAGCGAAAUGGAAGAAAACAAAUAAAAA